UCUUGGUCAUCUCAUUGGCCCCGACAAGUAUCACAGCUCACGGAAAUGAUGAAAGUAAACUUCCACCACCACCUUCCGUAGAUGCUACGGACCACUCGACCUUAGCCUCCGGCAACAUUGGUCUUGGAUUCGGGCUUUCUGCCCUUGCAGCAUUUGCUUCUGCCUUAGGUUCCUUCGUGCCAUUACUAGACUUUAUAUUUCCACGUAUUCCAUGGACUAAAGAUUUUCGAAUUACGCAAUCAAAAGGCUUUCUCGCUGGCUCGUUAUCAUUUGCUGCUGGAAUACUAUUAUUUCUCACGUUAGGCGAUCUUUACCCUGAAGCAAUAUCGUCAUUCCGGAAUUCAAAACUUUUCAAUCCGAAAUACGCUGACAUUGUGGCCGCUUCUAUAUUCAUUGUAACUAUUAUAAUAAUCAUGAUAGUAAAAUAUUUUUUUGGUCACAACCAUAAUCAUAGCCUGCAUAGUAAUCAUGUUGAAACCGAGGACAAAUCAAUUAAUAACCUUGAAAAAAAGGUUGACCUCGAAAAAACCGGUAGUAUAGAUAAAAAUUCGCCAACUGUGGUAAAAUCCGAUGAUGCUUUAAGACUCAGAAAUUUGGGCAUUCAAAUUGCUGUUGCCUUGGCUCUUCACAAUUUUCCGGAAGGAUUAUCCACUUUUGCGGCCGCAAUUGCGAAUGCUAAAAUCGGAGUUAUAUAUGCAAUCGCACUUUCCUUACAUAAAAUCCCGGAAGGUCUUAUCAUUUCUUUACCAAUAUAUUAUGCCACCGGUUCUCGAUUAAAAGCUUUCUUGAUCGCUGCUUCCGUUGGCUUUACUUCACAGAUGUUGGGUGCUGUUUUGGGUUAUGUAAUCUUUGUCACUGUAUGGAACGAAGCCGUCUCCGGUUUUCUUUUUUCUAUAGUCACUGGUACUCUACUUUACGUAAUCUUACACGGCAUGUUACCAUUGGCACGUAGUUAUGAUCCCCAAGAUAAAUAUUGUACUUAUUAUGUAUGUGGUGGUUUGUCCUUCUUUGCGUUUGUCGCGUCUCUAUUUAACCUUUAA